GGAGGUGUAUGGUUAUUUAAUUGGGCUACGAAUGUAAAAUUAUGGAAUUAAGUACACAAAAAUUAACAAAAUAAAUGGAAAAGAAUGAAAUACGAAACUAAUGGAUUCACAAGGGGAAGAACAUUGCUCUUAACAUGUUUUGAGCUCAUGAAUCAUGACACGUUGUUUCGAGAAUUGAUGUUGAAUCUUUUUCCCCUCUUCUUUCCCUUCUUUCCUCUCUUCUUUUCUCCCAAUUUUCGUGUGUCAAAAGAUGUCCAUAACUGCUCAAAAAGUGGUGAUAUAAACUGAAACUCAUGUGCCAGAAACUGAGUAGUUAACCCUGCCCGGGUAGAAUUGGUGCUUGGAAUGACCCGGGCUGGGUGGUUUUGUGGACCGAGUGACCCGUCCAGGUAGCUGCGCAGACUGGCCAGUCGGUCAAAUCGGAAAGUUUGCUUGACUUUUUCCUUGAUUCUCAACAUACAAAGGAAAGUUAAUCCAUAUAUGAGUCCAAAAACAUAAUAAAUUGUUUGAAACCUAAGGAUGAAUGAUUGAAUAUUUGCUUCACAUCAAAGGGCCUAAUUUCUUAACAGCAGGGCAGCAAGAAAAGAGCAGCAGACGACGUCACGUACCAAGAGAGAGUCUUCGGGAGCAUUCUCAGGAGAUAACGAACUAAGAAUAUCCCAAGAAAGCAGCAUCAGAUAGAGGAACAUGGAUCAGAUUCCAAAACAAGUCCACUAAUAUAAAAAGUCGAAAUACUGAGAUGACGAACCUUCUUGCAAGCCUAGGAUAUAUGAAACUGGACAUGCCAACAAAAUUUGCAAUGUGUGUAUGCUUGAAGCCACAUAAGAAUCAAAGAAUAUUAGCCAUAUCUCACUAUAAAACUCAAAAGCUAAUGCAUUAUUACCCAGUAAUUUAUUCUCAUUUAUCACGUUUCCUUUUUUAAUCUCCUCAAAUGCACCAACCACCAUUAUCUUCACUAAUUAUUUUAAUCCUUCAUCACUUCAAAAGUUGUACAGUUUAGUUGGAAUCUAAUCACAAAAUGCAAUCAACUAUCAAGAACAUGAAAGAGCACAAAAGGCACACACUAAUUACAAAACUUAAACUAAAUUCUGGACAUCACAAACUGCAUUAACAAUCCCAGUUUAUCACAUAAUAUUACCGACAAAAACUAGCUCGAAAGCUGCAAUGUUGACAACUUGUUGCGGGGAAUACGAACCUGAUAAAUAAAGAAGAUGCUUUCCCACAACUUUUUCUUCAAACUGUUGACAAAAAAGAAGUCUGUGAUCAUGUGCCACCAUGAUUUAGUCAAUUCCCAUCCCCCACAUAGAAAAUGCACAGAAGCAAAAAUCAGUUAUUCUAGAGGAAUAUAUGCUCUGCCUUUGAGUCUAAAGAAGCAUCUGAAAACAGAGCAUUUUGAUAAGAGGAAACAGAGCAUCUGAAAACAGAGCAAAGCUUGGGAUAGAGGAAAAAUGGAGAAGUAGUUUGCAGUUAUGUUAAUCAAAGAAUAAUCUUUAGGUGAUUUGGCAUUAUAAUAUGGAGCAUAACUUGAGAUAAAAUCCAAGUCUGUAGCAGCAGCCUUUUCUAAUUCAACAAAUUAAACCUAAUUAUGUCACACCCAAAUUUCAUUUUUUUUGAGGAAUAUGUGGUGUAAACAGGAAGUUGUAGCAAAGAAUUUUUGUAAAAUCAAAAAGGAGGUACAAAACGAAAAGUGGGAAGAAUAAACAAUGGAAAAAGUGAGAAAAAACUUCUGAAGAGAGAAUGGAAUCCAGCCCCUUUCUCUCUCUCCACAUCACACACCAACACAAAUUUCCACCAUUUCUGAUCACAAUCUCUUGAAAGAAGUGAAAUUAGCACGAUAACAGCACAAAACCAGGUAUUAAGCGAUUUCCCCAAUCCCAAAAAGAUUGAAAGUUAAGCAUCCACAAAAAUCAGCCUCAAAAGCUAUGAACACAUAGCAAUGCCCUCCGACCAGCCUCCGACGCCCUCCGACCAGCCGAAUCCGCCACCCGCCACCGUCAGGAAGCUCAUUGUGGAGGUGAUCGAGGCGCGAGACCUCCUCCCCAAGGACGGACAGGGCAGCUCCAGCGCGUAUGUCGUCGCCGAUUUUGAUGGACAGAAGCGGCGGACUAUCACUGUGCCGAGGAAUCUCAAUCCGGUGUGGAAUGAGGUGUUGGAUUUCGUGGUUUCGGAUCCUAAGACGAUGGAGUUUGAGGAGCUGAAUGUGGAGGUUUUCAAUGAUAAGAAGCUUAGUAAUGGCAAUGCGAGGAAGAAUCAUUUCCUCGGGAGAGUGAAAUUGUAUGGAUCGCAGUUUGUUAGGAGAGGGGAGGAAGGAUUGGUGUAUUUUACUUUGGAGAAGAAGAGUGUUUUUAGUUGGAUUAAAGGGGAAUUAGGGUUGAAGAUUUGUUACUACGAUGAAAUUACGGAGGAGCCACCUCCGCCGCCACCGGAAGAGCAGCCUCCGCCGCCGGAGCAGCAGCAGCAUCCACCGCCGCUACAACCGCAGAUGCAACCGGAGGAAGUGAUGAAGAAGCCGGUUUUUGUAGUCUCGGAUGAGCAUCAACCUCCGCCGCCGCAAAUGGAGCUGCGAGAUCAUGCACCUCCGAUGGUCAGGAUUCAUGAGCCGCGGAUUGUUCAUGAACCGCCACCGGAAAAUCCGCCGCCGCCGGAGAAUAAUCCGCCGCCAGGAUUCUCUCCGGAUAUGAGGAGAAUGCAGAUGGGAGGAAACCCCAUGGUUGGAGAGAGAAUGAAGGUGCUAAGGCGGCCGGGGAAUGGCGAUUACUCGCCGAGGAUUAUCGCCGGGAAAUUCAAAGGAGACACGUCGGAGAGGAUUCAGGCGUUUGAUUUGGUGGAGCCGAUGCAGUAUCUAUUCGUGAGAAUCGUGAAAGGCCGCGGCCUCAGCCCUAGCGAAAACGCGCACGUCAAAGUCCGAACGUCGGGAAAUAUAGUGCGAACGAAGCCGGCAAUUCCUCCUCCCGGCGGCGAUCCAUCCAGCCCGGAGUGGAAUCAGGAUUUCGCCCUAGGUUACAACAAGGACACCGCCGCGAAUUCGACUCUCGAGAUCUCAGUUUGGGACGGCGCGUCGGAGAGGUUCCUCGGCGGCGUCUGCUUCGAUCUCUCCGACGUGCCGGUGCGCGACCCGCCGGACAGCCCGCUCGCGCCGCAAUGGUACCAUUUGGAGGGCGGCGCAGCCGCAGACGACGACCAGAACCGCGUCUCCGGCGAUCUGCAGCUGUCGGUGUGGAUCGGCACGCAGGCCGACGACGCAUUCCCGGAGUCGCUGAGCUCCGACGCGCCCCAGCCGUCCGUGUCGUACACGCGCCCGAAGGUGUACCAGUCGCCGAAGCUGUGGUACCUCCGUGUGACGGUUAUUGAAGCUCAGGAUUUACACAUAAUGCCCAGUUUGCCCCCGCUCACUGCUCCGGAAAUCCGGGUUAAGGGCCAGCUCGGUUUCCAAUCGGUUCGGACCCGGAGAGGCUCGAUGAGCCACCACUCGCCCGCGUUCCACUGGAACGAGGAUUUGAUCUUCGUCACCGGCGAGCCUCUCGAAGACAGCCUGAUUCUGCUAGUCGAGGAUCGGACUGGAAAAGAUCCAGUCCUUCUCGGCCACGUCCUCGUCCCCGUGGGGAGCAUUGAGCAGCGAAUCGACGAGCGCCACGUUGCGGCCAAGUGGUAUGGCUUGGAAGGGGGGCCCUACUCUGGCCGGCUCCACCUACGGAUGUGUUUGGAAGGCGGCUACCACGUGUUGGACGAGGCCGCGCAUCUCUGCAGCGAUUUCCGGCCGACCGCGAAACAGUUGUGGAAGCCGGCGGUGGGGAUUUUGGAGCUCGGGAUCCUCGGCGCCCGAGGAUUGCUCCCGAUGAAAUCGAAGGGCAACGGGAAAGGCUCGACCGAUGCUUAUUGCGUCGCGAAGUACGGAAAGAAAUGGGUCCGGACCCGGACCGUCACGGAUAACUUCGACCCGAGAUGGAACGAGCAGUACACGUGGCAGGUGUACGACCCGUGCACGGUGAUGACGGUUGGCGUGUUCGACAAUUGGCGCAUGUUUGCUGAGGCUGGGGAGGAUCGACCCGAUUGCCAGAUCGGAAAGAUCCGGAUCCGAAUCUCCUCAUUGGAGAGUAACAAGGUCUACAUGAAUUCAUAUCCUUUGAUGGUGCUGUCACGGAGUGGGUUGAAGAAAAUGGGCGAGAUUGAGGUGGCGAUCCGGUUUGCCUGCCCGUCGUUGCUGCCCGACACGUGCGGCGUCUACGGGCAGCCGCUGCUUCCGCGGAUGCACUACCUCCGGCCCCUAGGGAUGGCCCAGCAGGAGGCUCUACGCGGCGCGGCCACUAAAAUGGUGGCCGCGUGGCUGACGAGGUCAGAGCCUCCAUUGGGGCCGGAGGUCGUGAGGCAUAUGCUGGAUGCGGAUUCGCAUAGCUGGAGCAUGAGGAAGAGCAAGGCUAAUUGGUUCCGUAUCGUUGCGGUUUUGGCUUGGGCGGUCGGGUUGGCCAAAUGGUUGGACCAUAUCCGGAGAUGGAGAAACCCGGUUACCACGGUUCUAGUCCACAUCCUUUACUUGGUUCUCGUAUGGUACCCGGAUAUGGUCGUCCCAACCGGGUUUCUAUACGUGUUUCUAAUAGGCGUUUGGUACUACCGGUUCAAGCCCAAGAUCCCAGCGGGUAUGGAUAUCAAGCUGUCGCAAGCCGACACGGUCGACCCGGAUGAGCUAGAUGAGGAAUUUGACACGCUGCCCAGCUCGCGGCCACCCGAGCUGAUCCGGGUCAGAUACGACAGGUUAAGGAUAUUGGCGGCAAGGGUCCAAACAGUGCUAGGUGAUUUUGCGACCCAGGGCGAGCGGGUCCAGGCUCUGGUGAGCUGGAGGGACCCACGGGCGACAAAACUGUUCAUAGGAAUGUGCCUCGUGAUCACGAUAAUCCUGUACGUGGUGCAUCCGAAGAUGGUGGCGGUGGCAUUGGGAUUCUACUUCCUCCGCCACCCGAUGUUCCGGGAUCCGAUGCCGCCGGCGAGUUUGAGCUUUUUCAGGAGGCUUCCCGGGCUGUCGGAUAGGUUGCUGUAGGAAAUUGUUUGUGGGGAAGAAUUUUUGUAAAAGGGGCAUCAUGAAUAACCUUGGAGAUGGUGAAAAGUGGAGAAAUUUGAGGCCUUUUUGUGUUGAUUGAACAAUUUUUUGUCCACCAAAGUAUAGACAUUCAAUUUUUUAGCACUCGUGGUUUUGAAAUAAUAAUCAAGGUUGGCCUA